AUGGACGCCAGGAAAGCCUCCAAAAAGCGCAAGGCGGUUACUCGCGAUGUCGAGGAAGAAGCUGGUGUUUUCUCUGGUGACGAAUUGAAGAAUGAGAAUCUCAACGGUACCCUCUCGGACAGUGCCAAUGACCUGUCUGAGAGCGAAGACGAGAGCGACUCCGAAGUUGAACUUGUCGAUGAGUUCAGUGACGAGGAAGACGAAGAGGACGAACUGGACAGUGACGAGAUCCCUUCAGAUGAUGACGAGGAUGAACGGAAGAAUCAAGUCAAGAACACUGAUGAACCCAACUUUCGCAUUGUGAAGGAUGCCAAUGGAAACGACCGCUACCUUUACGAUGAAAUUAACCCCGACGACAAUUCAGACUAUUCCGAAGCUGAUGAGAAUGCGAACACCAUCGGAGACAUUCCGCUCAGCUUCUAUGACCAAUAUCCUCAUAUUGGUUACGACAUCAAUGGCAAGAAAAUCAUGCGUCCAGCCAAGGGCGAAGCCUUGGAUGCCUUGCUCGAUAGCAUUGAGAUUCCCAAGGGGUGGACUGGUCUCACCGAUCCAUCCACUGGCAAGCCAUUGAACUUGAGCCAAGAUGAGCUUCAGUUGCUGAAGCAGGUCCAGAUGAACGAAAUUCCGAGCGAGGGCUAUGAUCCUUAUGAGCCUCUUGUUGAGUACUUCAGCAGCCAGAAAGAGAUCAUGCCUCUCAGCGCUGCCCCUGAACCCAAGAGACGUUUUGUUCCUUCCAAGCAUGAGGCCAAGCGUGUCAUGAAGAUUGUCAAGGCCAUCCGAGAGGGCCGCAUUCUUCCGUACAAGGCUCCUGAGGAGCGAGAGGAGAAGGACGAUAAUUUGAUUAACUACGACCUAUGGGCGGAUGAAGCCGAGAGGCCGGACCACCCAAUGCAUGAGUGGGAACAAACUGAUCCUGAGGACCGCGAGAAAGAUUUCCUGCCCAAUGACUUCGGCUCUCUUCGCCGAGUUCCAGGCUAUGAAAACUUUGUCAAGGAGAAGUUUGAACGCUGUCUGGACCUUUACCUGGCCCCUCGAGUCCGCCGAAGCAAGCUGAACAUCGACCCUGAGAGCUUGCUUCCUAAGCUCCCCAGCCCCGAGGAGCUGAAGCCUUUCCCUACUACAUGUGCUACUGUGUUCCGUGGACAUAAGGGCCGUGUCCGCUCACUUCACGUUGAUCCGACUGGACUCUGGCUUGCAACUGGUGGCGAUGACGGCACUGUUCGUGUUUGGGAACUUCUUACUGGUCGCCAGUUAUGGAGUGUCCAGCUGAGUGACGAAGAUGCUGUCAAUGUCGUUCGUUGGCGCCCUGGAAAGGAUGCCGUCAUCCUUGCGGCCGCUGCAGGUGACGAUCUUUUCCUUGCUGUUCCUCCGAUUGUUGAUCCAGAAAUCGAGAGCGCUAGCUUGGAGAUCCUUGAUGCGGGCUGGGGAUACGCUUCUUCGGCUCCAGCCCCUACUGCUGCGGAGGCCAACAAGAAGAACACCCCUCCUAAGUGGAUUAGACCCUCGUCUGCUCUUGCUGACGCUGGUGUAUCCGUGGUUAUUCCAUUGCGGUACGUGCCAAAAUCGAUUUCCUGGCACCGGCGCGGUGACUACUUCGUCACUGUUUGCUCUGGCGCUUCAACACCAGCCUCCGUGGCUAUCUCCAUCCACACUGUCUCCAAGCAUCUCACGCAGUUCCCCUUCCGUCGCCGCCUCAAGGGUGGUGGUCCCCCGCAAACCGCACAUUUCCAUCCCUCAAAACCCAUCCUUUUUGUUGCAAACCAGCGCUCAAUCCGUGCCUACGACCUUUCCCGUCAAUUGCUUGUUAAGAUCUUGCAACCCGGUGCCCGCUGGAUUUCCUCCUUUGAUAUCCACCCAACCUCAUCAACCGCAUCGGGAGGUGACAAUAUCAUCAUCGGUUCCUACGACCGUCGCCUUCUCUGGCACGAUCUGGAUCUCUCUCAGCGACCUUACAAGACACUGCGGUACCACCGCAAGGCUAUCCGAGCCGUCAAGUUUCACCCUAGCGGGCGGUACCCUCUCUUUGCGGACGCCAGUGACGAUGGUUCGUUGCAGAUUUUCCACGGUAGCGUUACUGGAGACAUGCUUAGCAACGCAAGUAUUGUUCCUCUGAAGGUGCUCAAGGGACACAAAAUUACUGGUGAACUCGGUGUGCUGGAUGUCGACUGGCACCCUCGGGAGGCGUGGUGUGUUAGCGCUGGCGCGGAUGGAACGUGCCGUUUGUGGAUGUAA